UUCGAUUAAUUAUGAAUCUGUUGUAAUAAUCUGAAAAGUGGAAAUAUUUAAUCCCCUCUGUGAUAUAUAAAUAUAGUAUCGUGUUUAUUCACGUAUGGCGGUUAGCAUGUCUGUCGGACAUUUUCCUGUCGGGAGCAAAUUACUACAGAAGAAAUGGAACAAAAGACAAUUAAAAACGCAUCAAACGAAGAUUGCUUCAAUGAAAGCGGAUAUCGAUAACAAGAAUCCUCUCGUGCAUUCCCAUCUAAGACUGAAGUUGAAGAAAAUCCAGCUUGAGGAAGAAUCUAACGCAACAGUACAAAAUGAAAAUAAGGUUCUUGUCGACAGAAUAUCUCGGAUUAUGAGGGAAAGAGGAAGACUGGAUAAUUGGAAUGAAGCUUAUAAACCUCGAAGUCUCAAUCAUCGAUACCGAUCUACUGUUGCAACAAAGAUUCAAGGUGAAAAUAACUUGCUGGUGAAGAGAUUGAACGCGAUCAAACCUUUAUACGAUAUCAGAAAAUGGGAAAAUGAUUUCAAUUUUCACGAAUACGUUUUACAAAACAUGAAGUCAACGACAAAAGAUUAUGAAACAGUUCCAAAGAACAACAGUAGAUCACCUCAACCUCAUCAUUCACCGACACGACAAGAAGAAAGAAUAAAACUUCCUUCCGUGGAUUUUCGUAACGGAAAUAUAAAAAUGCAGUCACCGAAUAGAUUUAUGAAACUUCCCAAAAUAGCAAAUCCAAAAGAAGAAAACGGCUUAACCCGAAAGUCUGAGACAACAACGGCUACCCAGGAAAAAUUUGAUGCAACAAGAGAAGCAAAAUUAUUACACAGCUGUGAAGAUUAUGAAAGAAGCACAGAUUGCAGUAUAUUAUCGCGAUGUUUCGCCCAGAAAAGAUUUCGUGAAAGGAUGCAAAUUCAAGACGAAUUCGAACGUUUGUAUGAAGAAGAUCAUCUUGUUGAUUUUUUGAAAGAAAAAUUUCAUUCAUCGUUCAACCCCAUCAUCACAGCAUUUCUAUCAAGACGAGAAGCUUACGACGCAUUGACUUUACGAGAUGCGCUAGAUGAUGCUCCUAGAGCUGGAGGAAGAGAAUCAACACUGAUUGAAAUCAUUUGCACAAGACAUGACUUGGCAUUAAAGGCGAUAGAAAAAGAAUAUGCAAACAAAUAUGGAUCUAAAUUAAGCAGCGACAUCACCGCGAUGACAUCCGGAGAUUUAAAACAAUUUUUGCUAACGUUACUGUCUCAAGAACGGUCGUCAGAUUUAGACGUCAAUCAAGAUCUUGCGUCGGAAGACGCCGAAGAAUUAUUGAAGAUUGAUGUUGAAGAUCGGUGGAAAAUAAGUGAAAAUUCGGGAAGAUUCUCAACUAUGCUGAAGACAGAAGGUUAUGCUCAAAUGCGGGCUGCAUUUGUUGAAUAUGAAAGAAUGUCUGGUUUGGAAGUUUCAGCUUCAGUAACUGGAGCGAUGGAAAACGAAAACGAAGCACAUGAAGAAUAUUGGGAUGCCGUACUCGCGUUUGUAAAAUGUCUGCGAAACUGCCCAUCGUUUUUCGCUGACAACAUGCACAAAAGUUUGACAAUUAUUAAAACGCAAACAUCAGAUAAUGGAAAAGAUAUAAUUUCUACUUGGGCAGAAAAAACACUAAUAAGAUGUAUUCUCACACGAUGUGAAGCCGAUCUUUCACAGAUAUUGCGCACAUAUAAAAAGAAAUUCGGUAUUACACUUCAUUCAGAUAUCGAUGAAAGUUGCAAUUUACCUUACAAAGACAUUCUUCUUGCAGUUAUAAAAUAUCAAGGUAACGGUUCACGAAAACGACAUCCUCAGCACCAACAAAACGGCAAACGAGUAGCUGGAAUGCUCAUCAGAGGCCCUCCUCAGCGUCAAUCACUAAGUCGACCUACUCAAGUUUGGAAUUCAUCCGAUAGACUCAAUAACAGUCCUUUGAAUAAAGGUCAAAACAAACCAACAACAACACCAAAAAAAUUCGAUGAAAAUGGAAGAAUAAAUACAAGAAGAAAGAUGUCAAACAUGGCAACGGUGACGCAGGCCAGGGAUUUUAACGCGGAACGUGAUGCCGAACAGAUUGGGAACUCACUGAGAAUCUGGGAGAGAGAAGGUCAUCGCACUGUACUUUCAAUUCUAUGUGGUAGAAGUAAUGAUCAAAGACAAAAAUUACGAUCUGUUUAUGCUUCGAAAUAUAAAAGAGAUCUUGUGACCGAUCUCAGAAAAACUGUCAGGGAUAAUUUUUACGGAGAGCUGCUAUCAGGUUGGUUAAAAACUAAGGUUGAGUUUGAUGCAACUGCAAUGCACGAAUCACUCACGCAUGUCGGGAUGCAAGAGAUUGCCAUGGAAAUAUUUUGCACGAGACCAAACAAGCAGGUGAAAAAUGUUGCUGAUGCUUAUCGUCGAUUAUAUGGAUCCACUAUUUCUGAAACAAUCAAAGAAAAAUUCAGGGAAGGAUAUUGGAAGCAGAUUUUAUAUGCGCUAUCGAGAACAGAACGAGAUAUUACAAAUGCAGUAUCGACUGGAACAGCAACGACAAGUGCGACUAGCUUGUACGAGGAUGAAAUAUCAGGACUAGGCGGCUCGAAGUUUAUUCAUAUUUUCACUAAAUGUAAUUUCUCUCAAAUAAAAGCGAUCAUUAAUGCGUUCAAGAAAGUAUCCGGAAAAGAUCUAAAUGAAUUUAUUAAAAGUAGUCCUGACGAAAGUAAUGAAAAGAAGAAAGCAAUGAACGCUAUUGUAUGCUGCUGCAAAGAUCCUGCUGGCUAUUUUUGUGAAAAACUUCACAAACUUAUCGUCGAAGAACAAGAAUUAGCGUCUGCAAGUCGAAUCAUUUUAUCAAGAGCAGAGGUUGAUCUCGAACUCAUCAAGCAGAUUUACAACGACACAUAUGGAAAAUCGAUCACGGAAGAUUUGAAUUCAAUUUUUUUCGACGAUUAUAAACAAUUUCUUUUGCAACUUCUAAAUGGCCAGCAACGUAAAUCAUCAAAAUGAAAUUAGAAUGUUGAACAGAUGAUUCAGUUACAAACAAAUCUCGAUUCUACAUGAUGAUUAAUGUCGCAUCAUCAACACAUUGUGGCAGCUACUCAUUAAAUAUUGGUGACAGUCAUAUCAAAAACCAGUAGCGUUGUUUAAGAGCAGCAUAUGUGUUUACGCGAUGCGCAUAUUGGAAUCUAGAAAAUGUCGAAAAAUUCCUCUCAGUAAGCUUAUAUUAGUCGCUGGCAUUUACCCCCGUUUUUUUUAAGAAUUUCAAACAAAAACGCCAUUGCCUAAAUUUUGUCAACCUAUUUGCGUUGAGGAAUUGGUUUUAAAUACGCCGGCAAACUUCUCUCAGCCUACGUACCCAGCACAUCUCUAAGGAUGUGGGGACAGUAGGAUACUUGAUAGAUUUGAACCCUUUGAAAAAUCGUAGCUACUGGCACGAGAAUGUCCCCUUGUCAAAAUUCUUAUUGAAAAACGCCUUCUAAAAAUCCCUAAUUUAGCUAAUUUCACUACUCGCCAAGUCGCCACAAAAAAUAUAUUGCGCGAACUUUUCACUGCAUAAUAAAAUAUUUAUCUAUGAAUUUUAUUUUUACAUUUGAGAUAGUUUAUAUCGAUUUUAACGACUUUGCACAUUUAUCAUACCUCU